UCGCUGUCUUGUCCAGAGUCCCACCUGUGUUCCCACAGCACUGUCACGAAUCCCAGUCGGGUUCUGGGUGGGACUGCCACGGCGUUGCGGGCCGGGUGCGGCUCGGCGGUGGAGGACUCUCACUUCGUGCUCCAUCCCGGUCUGGGCCCCGGGGCGGUGGGCCCUGCUGUUGGGUUUUGUAAUGAAUGGAGAAAUAAAAUGUAUGCUCAAAACUCAUUACAGUUUUCACUUCCUAAUGACAUUAUUUUUGUUUGUUAAGGUUUUAAACCAGAGAGAUGAAAUGUAUUCCCACGGCUUUUAGGCUCCUAAAAACGCAGUACUUUAUAAGUGACCAAUAGCAAUAUGUGUAAAUGCAUAAAUGUUUCCAGGAAAAGUGUGUGUAUUCUAGUAGUGCACAGGUGCUCUGAUUGGUGAGACAAAAGAUGUGAAAGAGGGCUUCCCUGGUGGCGCAGUGGUUGCAAGUCCGCCUGCCGAUGCAGGGAACAUGGGUUCGUGCCCCGGUCUGGGAAGAUCCCACAUGCCGCGGAGCGGCUGGGCCCGCAGCCUGCGUGUCCGCAGCGGGAGAGGCCACAACAGUGAGAGGCCCGCGUAUCGCAAAAAAAAAAGAUGUGAAAGAGUAAAAGUUCCUCACCCCGGUCUGAUCCAUCCUCCACUGAAAUGCAGAAUUCUUUGUAGGAGGUUCAUCUGUUCAAUCAGCUGGCUGACUAUAUUUGUUUUUAGUGGAAACUCGUUAAGGGGGAAAACAAACAAAAAAACAAACAUUAUCCUAUAUUACUUUGUGACUCCUAAUGCCUAACAGAAUAUUAAUUACUGAAUAAAUUACUGAUCCAUCCAGUAACCUGACCAUCUCCCCCGAAAUAAUUUUUUCAUGAUAGUGAUGUUAAUUUUAUUAAUGUGUUAAUGAUUGUUUUUAGCCCCCAAGCAUUUUGUUUUGUGCUUAUCGCCAUUGAAUUUCACUUAAUUUUACAGCUUAUCCAUGUUGUUUUUUUAAAAUCCAUGUCUUUUUAAGUCCCAUUUCUGAUUGCAUUAAACCUUGAAAUAGAAUGAUACCUAGGGCAGUUCCUUUUGGGCUUCUGCAUAGUUUGUCCCUUGAAGUUGACACUAAAUCUACAAGCCAGGAAAAGUCAGCUAUUCUCAUAACUAAUAUGAGUCUAAUGAAGUCUGCAAUUUCCUACCUAGCCGAGGAAAAUGUAGUUGGAGAGAAUCCAAAGCUUUCCAGAAAUCAGGUUAUACCUGUGCACUCUCUCCUCUGUUUAUCUUGUCCAUCAUGGACAAUUUGUUCCUCAAAAAGUUAAUGUCUCCAAAAGACUGAGUGUUCUGCAGAUGUUUUUGGGAGGCCCAGGCCUCAUUUUGUGAUGAGAAAGUUGGCCAAAGGAAAGAUUAUGUUAAAACAGAAUAAGAAAAGCAUCCCUUCUGUGGUUGACAGCAUUUACCUCAGAGCUAUUCCAGUCAGCGGGGUUUUGUUUAGGUAUGUUGGGGCCAUAGUGGCUGUCUUUUGGUUUUGAGACAAUGGUGAGAAUAUCUAAAGAGCUCUUAAUGCAUACUGAGGUCUCUUGCUAUAGGAACUGAUGAUGUGGCUGGGGACUUCAGGGAUGAGUGGAUUACCUGGACACUGCUUAGAGAGUCCUCUUCAGGGAUACCACCCAGCACAGUUAGAAGAAUGGGCUCUCAAAGGGAUUUCUAGACCAAGUGCAAUCUCCCAGCUAGAGCAGAAGGAAGAGCCAUGGGUCUUACCACUCCAAAAUUUUGAGGCGAGGAAGAUCCUGAGGGAAAGUCACACAGAUUUUAAGAAUCAGGUGGUAAAACUCAAUCAGGACAUUUCUGAAACAGCAGAACAAUGUGGAACAUCCUCAGAAAGGGCCAAGAAAGAUACUUCUCAUACUCCUCGUUGGGGAGGAAACUGGGCUAGGGGUCUUGAAUUAGAAGGGCAGCAUGGAACCCUUCUAGGAGAGGGCGAGCAGGAGCCCUUUUCACAGGAGAAGGAAUUAAACAAGCUGCUGGAAGGAUAUAUAGGAAAGAAGCCAGUGUGUGCAGAAUGUGGAAAAAGCUUUAACCAGAGUUCCUAUCUCAUAAGACACCUAAGAACCCAUACCGGUGAGAGGCCUUAUAAAUGCAUGGAAUGUGGGAAAGGCUUCAAACAGAGUUCAGACCUUGUCACCCACCGCAGAACACACACAGGGGAGAAACCCUACCAAUGCCAUGGAUGUGAGAAAAAAUUCAGCGACAGCUCAACCCUCAUCAAACAUCAGAGAACCCACACAGGUGAGAGACCCCAUGAGUGCCCAGAGUGUGGGAAGACUUUUGGACGGAAACCACACCUCAUAAUGCACCAAAGAACCCACACAGGAGAGAAGCCCUACACAUGCCUCGAGUGUCAUAAAAGCUUUAGUCGCAGCUCCAAUUUCAUCACCCACCAGAGGACCCACACGGGAGUGAAGCCUUACAGGUGUAAUGACUGUGGGGAGAGUUUCAGCCAGAGCUCGGAUUUAAUUAAGCACCAGCGAACCCACACAGGAGAACGGCCCUUUAAGUGCCCGGAGUGUGGGAAGGGCUUUAGAGAUAGUUCCCAUUUUGUGGCUCACAUGAGCACUCACUCAGGAGAAAGGCCGUUCAGUUGUCCUUACUGCUACAAAAGUUUCAGUCAGAGCUCGCAUCUGGUCACGCACCAGAGGACACACACAGGUGAGAGGCCUUUUCAGUGUGACAGCUGUGGGAAAGGAUUUGCCGACAGCUCUGCCCUCAUCAAGCACCAACGGAUCCACACAGGAGAAAGACCCUAUAAAUGUGGCGAGUGUGGGAAGAGCUUCAAUCAGAGCUCCCACUUCAUUACCCAUCAACGAAUCCACUUAGGAGACAGACCCUAUCGCUGUCCUGAGUGUGGCAAAACCUUCAAUCAGCGUUCCCAUUUUCUCACACACCAGAGAACACAUACAGGAGAAAAACCGUUUCACUGUAGUAAAUGUGACAAGAGCUUCCGACAGAAGGCACACCUUUUAUGCCAUCAGAACACCCAUUUGAUCUAGGAAAUAGUCUUUAAUGGUUCUUCUCCUCCCUUCCAAAUUUCCAUUGCUAUUAUCUUUAAGCGCUCCAAAUAGAGAAAACCUGAAACUGGGUGUUGGCGGCUCAAGUCGGGCCCUGAUCUGUUUCUCUUUUUCCGUGCUUUAAUGGUGAGGAUAAACCUACAGGGUCCAAAUAAUGUUCUAAACACAAAAGGCAUUCCUUCAGUGUUUUUGACUGACUCUUAGACAGAAAAAUGUGAGUUUAAUGCUUGAUGCCUUGUUACUAAAAGAGAAGUGAGAUAAAUGUAGUCACAUUCUCAUCAUUAAUGAUUCAUAUUUGAGAUCUUAUACAAAGCCCUUGAUACAAUGCCUGGCCUUUAAAAGACACUCAAUACAGGGUUGGUUGCUUUUAUCAGCCUUAUUACUCAAUAAGGAAUUUAUUAUUGCAGCCCCACAAGCCCAGAACUUGCAAGAAAUUAGACUGGAACUAGAAGAUUCGGGGUGUGAACACAUAGAUUUAAUAAAACAGAAAACACUCUCCUAAUCCAGUGCUAUGUGGUCACCAGAUGUCUCACAGCCAUGACAAGGCAGAAUUAUCGUAGAGGAUGUCUGCAGUCUUGUGACUUGGAGACUAGAAGAAUUUUAGAAGCUCUUUGUACAGCAGUGUAUGAGGUACUCCCCCUGGAGGUUUGCUGCCAUCUGAGGCAUAGAAAAUAUCCUGUGAUGAACAGCCCAGAGGAACCUGGAUGAGGACUGUAAAAUUGUGGAAGCAAAGUUGCUGAGAAUGUUAAAUGAUAUUGCAGCGAUCCUUCCUGGCAUUUAGCUGAAGGAUGUAACCCUUGUUUUGUAAUUUGCUGGGUCACUGGCCCUUUAGUUUUAAGUUAACGCAAGUCUCUGAUCCUUUUAGGGUCAUUCAUUUUAUGCACUAGCAUAGUCCUCUAUUUAAUUGAAGAUAUGGAGGGAAGGCAGUGUGUUCGAAGGCACAGCGACUUCGUUGAGAAGGUGAGAUGUUUGUGUCUUGGCCCCUUGACACCUAAUUUGGCCAGACUUUCCCAUUCUCUCAGGCCCUACCUUACUUACCUCACAAGGUUAUUGUGAGGAUCUGAUACAUAUACACACACAUGCACACACACACACGCACUUUUUGUUAAACUAAAGUGUAAUACCUGUAAAGUUUAAUGUUACAGUAUUGUUGCCAGUGUCUUUUCUUCCAAGGAGCUGUGGCUAAUAUUUCCGAAGGUGUCCCACUUUCUCUCAUAUUGAGGGACUUCUUUUUUUACCUAUUGAAAACCUAAGGCCUUCAAAUGCUCAACUCAUUAUGUGACUCAUUACGGGUCACGUGAUGAGCUAACGGAAGAGCCAGGAUCUCUCUGCAGGUCUCCUCUUCAACAACAUGGAACAGACCAGCUCUGGGAUUUGUUAGAGUGUCUCUGAGACACCACAGGCCUGGAGGACCCAUAUUAUAUCCAUCAAACCACUCUGAAUUUGGAAAUGAUGGAGGGAUGUAGCCUAAGUUCCCGAGAGCUUUAUAGGGUCCUGUGCUGGGGUCCUGGAUCCUCAUGGCAGAUGUAAGUGGUUAAGGAGGGAGUUGGGUGUUGAAUACUCCGGAGAGAAGAGUGGGGGACUGAAGGUGUUUUCUUUCAAGCUUUCCUGUGUCAAUACAGACUAAAUUAAUACAUCAGCCUUGGAACACUAGUUCUCUUCCAUUAUAUGGAGUGCCACCUAAGUGCUGUAACUCAUGGGGGGAUAGAACUCAGCUGAUAACCUAAACGCUUUCUUUAAUAGGUAAUUAUCAGAAAAAAAAAAUCUGGUUAAUCCAGAGCUGUAAAUUCUUAAAAUGUGAGCCCAGACCAGUAGCAUUAUCAUCACCUGGGAACUUGUUAGAAAUGCAAAUUCUAAGUCCCCACCCCAGACCUACUGAACUGGAAACUCUAGGGGUGGGGUCCAGCAAUAUGUGUCUUAAUAAGCCCUCCAGGUGAUUAUAAUGCAUACUCAAGGUUGAGAACCACUGCUUUAAAAGGUAGCUCCUACAAAAUGUAGACACAGUACUGUUAUUGCUCCUACCAAAAAUGAACAGUGAUUUUGUAAUCAUCAAAUACUCCAGUCAAUGUUCACGUUUCCCUAAUUAUCUUGUGUUUUUUUAAUUUAUUUAUUUAUUUAUUUACUUACUUACUUAUUUAUUUUUUGGCCUUGCUGCAUGGCUUGCGGGAUCUCAGUUCCCCGACCAGGAAUUGAACCUGGGCCACUGCAGUGAAAGUGCCGAGUCCUAACCACUGGACCGCCAGGGAAUUCCCUGUUUUUAUUUUUUAGAAACCAAAUAAGGUCUCUACAUUCAAUUGGUUGAUAUGUUGCUUACAAAAUCCUCCCUCUUCUCUCUCUCUCGUUUUCUUGUAUUUAAUUUGUUGAAAAAAAACCUUGUCCUUUAACUGUCUCCCACAGGUCUGUAUUUGGCUAAUUCCAUCCUAUGGGGGUCCUUUAACAUGCUCCUCUGUCCUCUGCUUUCCUAAUAUUGGUAGUUGGAUCUGUAAACAUGAUCAGGUUCAGAUGUGGGAGGGGGGGCAAGAAUACUCCAUAGUGAUCUUAUGUAACUUCUAUCAAGAGGUACCU